AUGUAUGAACCGCAUCCCCAUGGGAAAACGCGAGACCACGACCAGGAACAAGAGGUCAUUCCCGCAAUAAGACUUGAUGACGCUGAGUGGAAAAUAAUCCAGCAAAACACAUUCACCCGCUGGGUGAACAAUCAUCUCAAGAAGGCUGGAGAAUCCAUCCACAGCUUGGAAACGGAUUUUUCUGAUGGCUUGAAGCUUAUUAGCCUCGCCGCUGUGCUUUCACAGAAGAAUGUUGGUCGAUUUAACAAAAAG